GCUUUCUUCCUUCCCCCCCUUCGCUCAUUUCUCGCAAAUUUCUAGUUCACAGUACAGUCUGUGAUUAUCUUUUUUGACUGAUACAAUCCAGGAGAGGGACUCAAGAAUCACAAUGAGCGAGGAGUAUGAUGAGGCUCAGAUGGGCGAAGAGGGCGGCAUGCCUGGCCCUGGUGCUCCAACGCCACUCUCCGCGCUCGAGGGAAUUUCUGGUUUGACGAAGCGAGAUAUUCAGCUUGUCAUUGACGGAGGCUACAACACAGUCGAGUCCGUGGCCUACACACCGCGACGAGUGCUGGAACAGAUCAAGGGUAUCUCGGAACAGAAGGCGACCAAGAUUCUAGGAGAGGCCUCCAAGCUCGUCCCCAUGGGUUUCACUACAGCCACAGAGAUGCACCAGCGUCGCAGCGAGCUCAUUUCUAUUACCACUGGAUCCAAGAACCUCGAUACUCUACUUGCCGGUGGUAUUGAAACAGGUUCGGUCACUGAACUGUUCGGUGAAUUCAGAACCGGAAAGAGUCAGAUCUGCCACACACUCGCCGUGACUUGUCAAUUACCCUUUGAUAUGGGCGGUGGUGAAGGAAAAUGCAUGUACAUCGAUACUGAGGGUACAUUUCGACCUGUUCGUCUGCUGGGCGUUGCCAACCGAUUUGGCCUUUCUGGCGAAGAGGUCUUGGACAAUGUUGCGUACGCACGCGCUUACAACUCUGAUCACCAGCUUCAAUUACUCAACCAGGCUGCAGCUAUGAUGUGCGAGACACGAUUUUCUCUGCUCAUCGUCGAUAGUGCAACAUCGCUCUACCGAACAGACUUUUGCGGUCGCGGUGAGCUCUCGAAUCGACAGACUCACUUGGCCAAGUUCAUGAGGACACUUCAGCGUCUGGCGGAUGAAUUUGGUAUCGCAGUUGUCAUUACAAAUCAAGUCGUGGCUCAGGUCGAUGGUGGCCCAAGUGCCAUGUUCAACCCUGAUCCAAAAAAGCCUAUUGGCGGUAACAUUAUCGCUCACGCCAGUACAACAAGAAUCAGUCUGAAGAAGGGUCGUGGGGAGACACGUAUUGCCAAAAUUUACGACAGCCCAUGCCUGCCAGAAAGUGAUACUCUGUUUGCCAUUGGCGAGGAGGGUAUCGGUGACCCGGCCCCAAAGGACAUGGAGAAGGAUUAGACGAUAACGGAUGACCUUGUAUGUUUGUACGAUCACUGGAGUCUAUGGUGAUGAUUCUUGGUAUGGUUGCUGGCGCAUAUCUUAAUGGUUGUUUCACGUGUUGUUAUUGCGAUGGAUGUUACCUAAAUGUUAGAGGAUAGGGUGGUUGGGAUGACUAGCUGGAAUUCUCUUCAAUGAAAACAAGUUUCUUUUGGAGCAAUUCGUCUCAACGAAAGGAAUGAAAUUGACACAUCAUUAACAGU